UCCACCUAGUGGAUGUUCAUCCAUUUGUUUUGGAGAAUUUGAAAGUUGAAGAUGUUUUUUGGUUUUCUUUUCUCUUGUUACCUCUAAAUCUCCGUCUUUUUAAAUGGCUAAAUUUUUUGACACCUUUGUUGUUUUUCAUCUUUAAUUAACUUUAAUUAAUCAAUAUGCCAUCGCGAAAAUACAUCUACCUUGAUGAGUAUGAUUCUCGAAUUGCUUUAUACUCGGAUGAAGCCUUCCAACAUGGGAUCACAUUUAAUGCAAAGUUUAUUGGAGUAUGUGAGGUUCCUCGGCCUAAUUCAAGAGUAGAAAUUGUUGCUGCCAUGAGACGAAUACGACAUGAAUUUAAAUCGAAAGCCAUAAAAAAGCGGAAAGUAACUAUUGACAUUUCCCUUGAAGGAGUCAAAGUGGGUCUCAGAGAAAAGGCCAAAAUCCCAACUCGAUUAACACUAAUGCAACAUCCAAUUUACAGAAUCUUUUAUGUUUCUCAUGAUUCGUUGGAUAUGAAAAUAUUUUCUUACAUUGCCAGAGAAUCCAAUGUAUUUAAAUGUUGCGUCUUUAAGACACCGAAGAAGUCUCAAGCAAUGAGGAUCGUCCGAACGAUUGGUCAAGCAUUUGAAGUUUGCCAUAAAUUAAGUGUAACAUAUAACACGAGCAGCUCAAUCCACGACGAAUCAAGUCCAAAUCGUACUCAACGAACCACUUCCAAUGGUACAAAUAAUAAUAACGUAACCGUUACCACAAUUGGUAAUAAACGUGUAAACGACAAUGAAAGUUUAGGAAGUCCAACUAACACGGAAUCAUCAUUAACACCAAUCAGUCCAGGUCAUUUAAGUAAUCGUCCAACAACACCUCCAACACCAACUUUAGGAAGUAAUCAACAAUCAACCAUUGAUGAUAUUUGCCACCUUGAUGAUCAUCGGACACAAGUUAACAAUAUUAUUAACUCGAGUACCAUAAAUAGUAUAAAUAGUUUAAGUGUCAACACAAAUACAACAAGUAAUAAUAUCAAUAUCAAUGAUAAUAAUAAUAAUAGUAAUCAUAAUAUUGUCACCAAUCAAGGUAACAUAAAUAACAGUAAUCAUCAUCUUUACCGAGAAUCAUUUGUUCAUUUAUCAGAUAAUCAAUAUGAAAGUUUGGUUUCAUCGUUAAAAUCAAUGGAAGAUAAAAUGUUCAACCUUGCUGAUCGUAUUUCAUCAAUUGAAUUAAGCCAAGAAAAGAUGAUUACAAUGAUUGAAAGAUUAUGUAAUUUACAGGAUGAUAAACAAUUCAACAAUAAGGAGAAACUCAAUAAUAACAAUAAUAAUAAUAACAAUAUCAAUAACUUGGUCAAUAGUAGCAAUUUAAUAUCACCUUCAACCUUAAUGCAACCUUCAAGUCAACCAACAAGUUUACCAAUUGCUGUCAAUGGGAAAUUAAAUUUUCUUUCACUCACCAAUACAGCAAAUAACAACAAAUUAUCACCUUUAACCAAUACAAUCACAAGUCCAUCAUCAAUAUUAACAAUUAAUCCAAUAUCAACAACCAUAACCAAUCCUAAUUCAAUGAUGAAAUCACCAAGUGGUAAUACAAUUCAACCACCGACAAUACCACCGCCCCCACCACCGCCACAAGCACCAACACUGCCUACGACAAUUCAAAGUCCUGCUCUAGAUGAUAGUUUAUUUUUCAAAUCUGAUUCCCUGUUUUUUGAUUCUGAACCAAUUCGUGAUUCCCUUUUCUCCUUGGAUGAUGAUAUCUUUUCCACCCAAUCAAGAUUAUGACAAUUAAAGGAAACAAUUGACAACAAAUUGAUCGAUAUUGGUUAAAUUGACAAAAAUAUGAGUUAAUUGUAACAAAGUAACUAUUGCAAUACAAUUAAGGUGCUACAAAAAUCACACACUCACACAGACAUUCAGAGAGUUCCCAAUACACUAAAGGAAGAGAAGACAAAUAAAGCCAAUAAUGAACAUUGGACAAUUACUGAACCUGGAUGGACAAUAUUAAUAUAAUGUAAACAAUAAUCAGCUUAAUUUAGGUGACACCGGUGUUGAAAUGAACUUUUCCAAGAAAGAAAGAAUCGCAAAAAGAAAGGCCAAUCAAUUGAUUUUGUCUUCUAUUAUCCUUCCAACUUGACCCAAUUUGAUUUAAUUUACUGCUUAUUGACCAAUGGUUUAUUUAUCUAUCAAUGGAUCCAUGGUAACAACUACAACAAUCAAUUUAAUGAACAAACAAGAAAAAAACAAAAGUUUUCACCCAUCAUCAUGAUUACUUUGUGCCUUUGGUGAUUAUUACAUUAUUAUUACUGUUAUUUACUCUGUUAAUUAUAAGGAUUGAAACAAUUAAUUGACUUUCAAAAUGUCAAUGGGUUUGAAACAACAAUUAAAAGUUUCAUUGGAAAGGAAAUGGAAAAUCACUUAAAUCAAAUUUAUUGGAAGAUGAAGGAAAAUCUUUCUUUUUAAUUGUUGGAUGGAAAUUUAAUUUACCGGUUGACUGUUAUUGAUGGAGAUGAAAUAACAAAAGCAAAUGUUAUUAGGAUUUACAAUGGAUUAAGAGAAAAGGAUUAUCACCUUGACCGGAUUUCUUGUGAUUUAUUUUUAUCUCCAACUGAUGAUGAGUCGAGUUUUUUUCCUGGCAAAGAUUAACUGUCUAAAAACAUUCCAACCCAUUGAAUCUCAUGCUUAUAUUGGAAUCAAAUCUAUGAACAAUUAUAAUUAUCAUGAUGAUAAUUUAGUUCGUUCAUUUAUUAUGCUUUGAUCAUCAACAAUUUUGUUUUCCGCUCAAUUGUCAUCAUAAUUAUCUUGAUCUCUAUCUUGAUCAACAAUGGAUUCUCAUUUAUUGUAAGACCUUUGCCAAUGGAUAUCACCUUAUAUCCAGGAUACUUUACAAUUUAAUUGGACUUACAAUAUGAAUACAAUUAAGUUUAAUUGUAAUUAGGAUGGUGGUUAAUUUGAUCUUAGUAGUAACUUAAUCAAUUGACAAAGUUCAAUCUCUAAGGACUGGACUGAAUUUAGAUCAUUUGAUUUACCUGAUUGCAAAUCGUUUUAGAUCAACUAAUCUCGAUGAUGAUUAAUAUAUUUUAUCCUGAUUAUCAUGUUACUAUUGACUUACAAUUGGUUAAUUAUGUUAUCCAUUGGAUUAUUAAUUAUAUAUAAUAAUCACAAUUAGUUGAUACAUAAAUUGGGAAUCUCAAUAAUAUUAUU